AUGCUGGUGUUGCCGAAGAAGGUUGCCCUAAGGUGGAAAGAGCCAAUGGUUUUCGAUUUCAUUCGCAAUGCUGCUUUCCUCCUCGAUGUCUUAGCCAAAAUUGGAACGAGUCGCAAUGAAUCUGCUCGUUACAUGCAAGCGAGGAAUCCUCUUUCACUUGCACUUGACAAAACACGAGAAACUCUAAACUCUUUACUCACGUAG